AUGAGCUCUGUAGUGGGGUUUUCGACUCUUUGCCUGGCUCGAGUAGCGAUGACUGUCCCUGCCCCGAUCCGCUUCUACCGCAGAGUCGAGCCCAAGCAGUCCGAAGUUGCCGGGGUCGUAGUCCUUCAGGGGGAGAUAUGUUUCAAUGUUCAAGUACAGUCAUUGCACUGGUACGCCGGUACAGGUGGGCUCACUGAUGAGGAGGAGAGUCGUCUGCUGUGGCUCCUUCAAGAGACUUUCCCUUGUACUGGCAGUGUCGUUACUAAGGAAACCUCUUUGCCGGCUACCAAGGAUGACCAUUCCACUGAAAUCGUCGAGGUUGGUCCACGACAACAGUUUGUCACAGCUUGGUGCACUAAUGCUGUGAGCAUCUGUUUGUCUGCGGGUAUUGCUAGUGUGGAACGCAUUGAGAAGACAAGGCGGUACCUCAUCCGAACGCCGUCAUCUUCCGAAAUACGAGAGAAGUUCUUGGCUGAGGUACACGAUAGAAUGACUGAAAUGGAAUACCCCGCAGACUCGGGCGGCUUCCUUUACGCGGAAGCUGCAGAGCCGGCUCCAUGGGGUGAAGUGGAUGUGAUGUCAGAAGGGAAGGACGCUCUGAAGAAAUUCAGUGAUGAGCAUGGUCUGGGGUACGAUCCCCAGGAUCUGGAUUAUUACACCAAGCUGUUUAGAGACGAUCUCAAACGCAAUCCUACCACUGUCGAGUGCUUCGACUUGGCCCAGGGUAAUAGUGAGCACUCCCGUCAUUGGUUUUUUGGAGGGAAGCUCGUGGUGGAUGGAGAGGAGGUUCCUCACACGCUGUUCCAACUCGUGAAGCACCCCUAUAAACGAGUUCAGCAACGCGAGAAGGAGGGGGGUCGCCCAAAUGCCUCUACAGUGGCGUUCAGCGACAACAGCUCAGCAAUCCGCGGAGCUGCCGGUGGUUUUACUGGUCUAUUGCCUGACUUGACCACGGGGGAAUUCUCGGAGGUUUCCCUUAUCUACGAUAUAACCUUCACAUGUGAAACCCAUAAUUUCCCAUGUGGCGUGGCUCCGUUCCCGGGAGCUGAGACUGGCACUGGUGGGAGGCUGAGGGAUGGGCAAAGUACUGGUCGAGGCAGUUUGGUGUUGGCGGGCACGGCGGCUUAUUGUGUGGGUGCUCUUUACCUUGAAGACAGCGAACGUGAAGUGGACUGGGAGGACAGGUCGUGGAAGUAUCCCGGCAACCUGGCUAAGCCGGUCGACAUCCUCAUACAAGCAUCUAAUGGUGCUAGCGAUUACGGUAAUAAGUUUGGGGAGCCUGUUAUCAACGGAUUUUGUCGGAGUUAUGGUGCUGUGGUCGGAGGGGAGAGGAUUGAAUGGGUGAAGCCUAUUAUGAUGAGUGGUGGUUUGGGUACUAUGGACUGUCGCCACCGACUCAAGCAGCUACCGCCGAUGCCAGGGGCGGCAAUUGUCAAAUUGGGCGGACCUGCAUACCGUCUGGGGGUAGGGGGAGGGGCGGCUAGCUCGAUGGUAGCGGGGGAGAAUCAGGAGCAUCUGGACUUCAAUGCGGUCCAGCGUGGAGAUGCUCAGAUGCUGCAAAGAGUGAACAGGGUUAUUCGUUACCUUGUCGAGAUGGGUGGAAAUAAUCCGGUUUUGUCCAUCCACGACCAAGGCGCUGGAGGGGCUGGUAACGUGCUGAAGGAGAUUGGCGAGCCCACGGGUCUUGAAGUCGACAUGGGACAUAUGCUGACGGGCGACCCUAGUCUGUCGGCGUUGGAAUUGUGGAUAGCCGAGUACCAGGAGAACGAUGCUUUGCUCUUGCCUGAGAAUAAGCUGGGCCUAUUUGCUGAGCUGUGUCGCCGUGAGGGUGCACCGUGGUCGAAGGUGGGCAGUGUGGUUACUACUGGGAGGUGUAGGGUAGUCGAUAAGGAAGGGAAAGUACCAGUGGACCUGCCGUUGGACAAGGUGCUAUGUAAGAUGCCACAGAAGACGUUCCAUCUCAACAAGCCGAGAAUAGUUGAGCAUCAGCUCGGUGGCUUUGGAGGGGACAUUAAGCGGGCGCUGUGGAAGGUGAUGCGCCUGGUUUCGGUCGGCUCGAAGAGGUUCCUAUGUAACAAGGUGGAUCGUUCGGUGACGGGCCUUAUUGCCCAGCAGCAGUGUGUUGGGCCCUUCCAUACGCCCCUGGCCGAUGUGGCGGUCACCGCUACUUCCAUGUUGAGCCUACAGGGCUCGGCGACUGCUAUUGGGGAGAGGCCCAUUGUAGGACUGUCUGGUGACGAUUCGGCCUUGCGGGCUAUGGCGAGGCUGGCGGUAGCAGAGGCUCUCACUAACUUGGUAUGGGUGAAGGUGGAGAACAUAGAGGAUGUGAGAUGCAGUGGGAACUGGAUGUGGGCGGCUAAGUUGCCAGGGGAGGGGUAUAAGAUGUUGAAGGUGGCGGAGGCUAUUGAUGAGGUCAUGUGUGGCCUUGGGAUUGCCAUUGAUGGUGGAAAGGACUCUCUCAGUAUGGCCGCCCAGUGCCCCAAUAGAGAGGAUGGACCACAGGGCCAACAGAAGGAGACGGUGAAGGCACCUGGCGAGGUUGUCGUCUCGGUGUAUGCGGCGAUCUCUGAUGUGACGGUUAAGGUCACCCCAGAUGUGAAGCUGUCACCAUCUGAAUCAGUGCUACUGUUCGUGGACUUGGACACAUGCCCGUCCCUCAAGGGAACCUCUCUGGCCCAUGUUAUGCUUCAGAGUGGCCAUGUGGAUGGGGAGGGGCGGAUCAGCGAUGUGGAUGUUGAUCAACUCCUUCAUGCUUUCCUCGUUACACAGGACCUGAUCGCCCGAGGUCUCAUCUCAGCGGGCCAUGACCGCUCUGAUGGUGGGUUACUGGUCGCUGCAUGCGAGAUGGUGAUAGCUGGCGGUCAUAGUGGUUACCUCCUCUCCAUCGACGAGGCCAAUAUCCGUCCUGGUCCCGACGGCAGCCCUAAUGUGAUGGAGUACCUCUUUAGUGAAGGCCCUGGGUUGGUAUUGGAAGUCGCCACCAGCAACGUGCCCACUGUGAUAUCGGCAUAUGGGGAUAAGAGUAAAUGUCGAGUAUUGGGCAACGGUGUGAGUGGUAGCACGAGUAUUGAGGUGGAGCUGAGGUCCAAGGGAGGGGCUCGGAGGCAACUCAUGAAGGAGAGCGUGGGCGAUGUCCGACUGCAAUGGGAGAAGACGAGCUUCAAGUUGGAGCAACUGCAAGCUGACAUCAACUGCGUUAAACAAGAAAGAGAGGUAAUGGCGUCCAGGAAAACAACACCUCCGUAUCGACUCACCUUCGCUCCGCUGCCCCGUGCACCAGCCUCAGCCCAACGAAAGAUACGCGUUGCCAUAAUCCGCGAGGAAGGCUCUAAUGGUGACAGAGAGAUGGCAGCGAGUUUUUGGAAUGCCGGUGCUCUCCCUGUUGAUGUUAUUAUGAGCGACAUCGCCACGGGCCGAGUCACAUUACAAGGAUUCGCUGGGGUCGCCUUCGUGGGUGGUUUUUCGUAUGGAGAUGUACUGGACUCUGCCAAGGGGUGGGCGGCGAAGGCUACCUUCAACACUAGAUGCCGCGAUCAGCUGCAGAAGUUUUACGAUGAAGAAUGCACCUUCUCCCUCGGGGUUUGCAAUGGCUGUCAGCUGAUGAGUCUGCUGGGAUGGGUGCCCGGCAAAACAGACAAAGGGCAGCUGCUUGAGCUCAGCCACCGCCCGAGGUUCAUUCACAAUCGUUCGGGCCGCUAUGAAUCUCGUUUCGUCUCCGUCGCGCUAGAUGCGGCAUCACCCGCGACUGGUACAUGGUUCCGGGGUAUGGGAGGCAGCGUCCUUGGUGUGUGGGUGGCCCAUGGGGAAGGCAGGGCUCUUUUUCCUGAAAGGGAUGUCUACACCAAGGUUAUCGAGUCUCAUCUAGCGCCCCUGCGCUAUGUUGAUGAUCAAGGUGCUCCCACAUCGGUUUACCCCUUCAACCCGAAUGGUUCUCUUGAUGGGAUUGCUGGGCUGGUGACCCCUGACGGUAGGCAUCUCGCUAUGAUGCCACAUCCUGAACGCUGCUCUAUGACGUGGCAAUGGCCGUGGAUGCCGAGAGAGUGGAAGGGGAUUAGGGGGAGCCCGUGGGCGACUAUGUUCAGGAAUAUUGUCGAGUGGGCGGAGAGCAGAAUGACUCCCGAGUUUGGCGGGAGUAGAGCUCCGGCAUCGAAUGUGGACGACAUGGACCUCGACGUCGAGAAAUUGAAGGCACUUUGAGCUGGUGUGCGGGGGUGACAACGAUUUGGAUAGAU